AUGGCCUGCAGGAGUAGGACGAGGGACGUACAGGUGCCGGGCGGAGAACAGGAGGACUCGCUCGACGCCGUGGCCCACAUACAGGUCCAAGCAAUAUUUUUGCGGUUUGAGUAUAAAGUUUGGCAUAGUAAAAAUCUUAGUGUUCUUCAGUCAUCAUGUUUCUCUCAGUUACUAAAGCUUGAAAAUUGUGUGACAGUUGCUCCGAGGUUUCUGAGGCAGCCGGCCAACGCUCUCGCCUAUGAGAAGGAGAACGUGGAGCUGGAGUGCAGCGUGUACGGCCAGCCAGAGCCCUCGCUCCACUGGCUCAAGAACGGCGAGCUGCUGGUGGAGACGGAAUACCUUCAGAGUGUGAGCGGCAACAACCUGCAGAUCCUUGGCCUGGUGCGCCAGGAGUACUCCGGGAUGUACCAGUGUGUGGCGCACAGCUCGCCGGGGACGCCCAGCUGUGUGUCCUUGAGUCAAAGAACGCGUCCAGAACGUGAGUGCAGCUCCUCCAGCGAGGACGGAUGA